AUGUACGGAUCGGAGACUUGGGCAGCACCGUCUACGGUGAUGAAGAGGCCUGAUUGCACGAAAACGAAGCUACCUAGACAGCUGAUGAACCACUUAGAACCUAGAUUUUGCCACAAUGAAGGUCUUCGUGCGGAAAUCGAUGUGGUGUACUGGCGGAUGACACGUGGAAGAUAUCAACAUCUUGCACCGCCAUCGAAAGUAGCUGCAGAAAAUUGUCUUCGCUUCUCUGGUCAUAUAAUAAGAAGACUAGCAGAUGACCUUGUUCAACGAGUUUUGAGGAGUCUGUUGGAUUCAAGCCGGAAGAGGCCACCUGGCCGAAAGCAGAAGUUCAGGACUGAGGUGGUGAAAGAGGACCCGAUGAUACUCGGCGUGGAUAGACAGUUCAGGCGAGACGCAAGGUUUCGCAGGAUAUGUAAUAGCGACGAAUGGAUCAAUUCCGUGCUAGCUCUCGCAGAAGAUCGAGAAGCUUGGGCAGAGCUAUGUGCAAGGACGACACACCUCGGCGAAGAUGCUGGUAAUCGCGUCAGGCGAUGA